GCAUCUCUCUAACCACCAAAUCAUCACCACCGGAAUCAACUCCUCCGCAGCCUCUCCUUUCUUCACAAUCCCGGACUACCCCUACACACACACACACACACACACAAUACGUCUAAGACACAUUCCAUCAUUGUAUAUAACCGUACAUGAAUAUGCUCGAUUCACGACUAGCUUCGAUGCUCUUCCCUCCACAGCGGCGCCCCCCGCCGUUUCCCGCCAAUUAUUCGAAUUCCGGCCGCCGCGGCAUCCGGCGGAGCAGAAUCCUUCCGCCGGCGCGGGCUUCCGGCCGCCGCGAGAUGGACACGUUCACGGAGUACUCGGGCUACCUCUUCGGCCUCAGCACGUCCGAGGCGGACUCGCUGACCGACUACGACAUCUCCAGGAUCUUCGCGAUUUAUCGGAAGAAGCCCCUGGUCGUUCUCCGCCGCGUGGUCCAAGUCGGCGCGACCCUAGGCAAGUGGUUCGCGCAGAGGUACCUCGAUACCGUCGCCGACCUAUCGGAGCGAAUGUUCGAGGUUAGAGCGGCGGAGUUGCGGGAAAUUUUAUCACAACUUGGUCCGGCAUACAUCAAAAUUGCUCAGGCCAUCUCAUCUAGAGCUGAUUUGAUACCUCCUUCAUACCUUGAUGAGCUUUCACUGUUGCAAGAUCGAAUAGCACCAUUUUCAACUCAAGUUGCUUUUAAUAUGAUUGAACGAGAACUAGGGUUACCAAUAGAUGAAAUAUUUUCUGAGGUUUCACCAGAGCCUGUGGCGGCAGCAUCUCUCGGGCAGGUUUAUCAAGCUAGGCUGCGCACUAGCGGACAGGUUGUUGCUGUCAAAGUGCAGAGACCUGGAGUUCAAGCAGCUAUUUCUUUAGACAUAUUGAUCUUGCGUUUUCUUGCGGGACUAAUUAGGAGAGCAGGCAAAUUCAACACUGAUCUCCAGGCACUCGUAGAUGAAUGGGCAUCAAGUUUAUUUCGGGAGAUGGACUACAAGAAAGAAGCAAAGAAUGGACUCAAAUUUAGACAGCUGUAUGGCGGUCUACAAGAUGUGGUGGUUCCAGAAAUGUAUGUGGAGCAAACAACUUGUAGGGUCCUAAUUAUGGAAUGGAUUGAGGGGAUGAAGUUGUCUGAAGUGAAGGAUCUCUAUUUGGUGGAGAUAGGAGUUUACUGCUCAUUUAAUCAACUUCUCGAGUUUGGGUUCUACCACGCCGAUCCACACCCUGGAAACCUUCUUCGAACAUGUGAUGGGAAACUAGCUUAUUUAGAUUUUGGUAUGAUGGGUGAGUUUAAACAAGAACUUCGUGAUGGUUUGAUUGAAGCUUGCCUCCAUCUUGUAAAUCGAGAUUUUGAUGCCUUAGCCAAGGAUUUUGUCACUCUUGGGCUUCUUCCACCAACGGCAGACAAGGAUGCUGUUACAAAGGCAUUGACAGGUGUCUUCCAAGAUGCUGUUGCCAAGGGGGUGCGCAAUAUAAGUUUUGGAGAUCUUUUAGGAAAUCUGGGAACCACCAUGUACAAGUUCAAAUUUCAAAUACCUUCAUAUUUUUCUCUUGUUAUUCGGAGCCUUGCUGUUUUGGAGGGCAUUGCGAUCAGCAUCGACCCAAAUUACAAAGUUCUAGGUAGUACAUACCCAUGGAUUGCCAGAAAAGUGCUGACUGACAGCUCGCCCAAGCUGAAGGCUUCUUUGCAAGCUCUUCUUUAUGAGGAUGGGUUGUUCCGGAUAGAUCGGUUAGAGUCUCUACUUACAGAGUCCCUUCGUGCCAGAACAGAGAAGACCUUGGUUAAGAAGAACAUGGAAGACAAGGAUUCCAGGAUAGUUGUCAAGGAAAUCCUUUCUUUCACAUUGACUGAGAAGGGUGAAUUUGUGAGAGAAAUACUUCUUCAAGAAUUUGCUAAGGGUUUGGAUGCACUUAGCAUAGCAACCAUGGAUUCUAUAUCAUCUACAGCAACUGCAAGCCUACCAUUUGCUCCUUCUGGAUCCUUCUCUUCGAUGACAGAUGAAGAUGUCAUCAACUUGAGAACACUGCAGAGGCUUGUGCUAUUGUUAUCAGGGAUUCAAACGAGUGAAAGCUCUACAACGGGAGUUAAGGGGUCCGACCGGGAAGCCUUCUUAGUUUUUUAUCAAUCUGCAUCUGUUCAGGAAAUACUACCUCUCCUCUCUGUUAUUCUUGAGCUCCCGCCGGAUUUACAACAACAGGUUCUUCGUUUGCCAGCUGAUCUGACUGGAAAAUUGGUCUCCCGCAUUGCUGCAAGGGCGUUACGGAGGCUCUUUCUAUGAUAUUGGUCUGAUUUUUCCGUUUUAUUGAGAAAAUCUUUCAAAAAAAAAAAACUUACAGGAUUACACGUCAUUUUAAAGUUCACAUACCGUAGAAAAUCAUAGAUUCCAAUUGACUAAAUAUUUUCCUCUUAACUACUUUUGUUUUCCUUUUUCAAAAUAUUGGUGUCAAAAAAUGUUUAUUACUGCGUUUGUGGCCUUUAGUUUUGAGUCAUUUGUGCUACAGUCUGGAUAGAAAAUGAUGAGAAAUGUUGAAUUUUUUCAAUUUUAUGAUGCAUCAGAAUUUACAAGAACA